GUUAUCAAUGACCGUCAAUGAAGAUGUGCAGCGCCUUGGCUAAAGCAUCCUCUGCAUGCACCCGCCCUUCCCCUCACAUCCACCCCGGGAUGGACCAUGCUCAAUGAAUGAAGAGCUAGCCCGCUGAAGUGUGCUCCUCCGCCGCCCCUUUGUCGAGCCUGUCGUCGUCCUGUGCGGCCGAGCCGAGCUGGGGGGCAAUCCGGGGAAGGGCAGCCGCGGCGCCGCUAAUCGGCCCACGGAGCCUCCGCCACGCCGCGCCAACAACAUGCUCACCCGGGUCAAGUCCGCUGUGGCCGGCUUCAUGGGCGGAAUCAUGUCAAGUGGAGGGUCCGGAGGAGGGAGCAACGGCGGCUCCGAGCUACCCCUCAAAUUCCCUUAUAUGAGACCUGAAUUCCUGGGGCUGUCCCCGGAUGAGAUUGAGUGUUCGGCGGAUCAUGUCGCUCGUCCCAUCCUCAUUUUGAAGGAGACCCGGAGAUUACCAUGGGCUACAGGAUAUGCCGAGGUGAUAAAUGCUGGUAAAAGUGCUCUGAAUGAGGACCAGGCUUGCUGUGAGGUGGUGGUUGCCCGGAGACGUCCCAUGAGCUACUGCCCCCCCUCCACCCCCAGUCGGACCCCCACAGCCAAGAGGCGCAACUCCCUCCCUAACGGAGAGAGCCUUGCACUCCGUGUGGACUAUGGCAGAAUGGGAGAGGACAAUGAGGGGCUGGUGUACCACUACUGGGCCCUGUUUGAUGGUCACGCAGGUUCAGGAGCAGCAGUGGUAGCGUCCAGACUUCUACAACACCACAUCGCCUGUCAGCUCCAGGCGGUCAUCGAAAUCCUCCGAAAUGUAGCCUCCCCACCCCCCACCAUUCUGGGGGAGGAGCCCGAGAACAACCCCUACCUCCAGGGCACCACCCCGGGACCCCACCGGCCCACCCUGACCCGGGCCGCUUCACUUCGGGGGGCAGCGGGAGCACCAGGGUCCCCCUCCAACACCCCCCCUCCACCAAGGUUCUUCACCGAGAAGAGAGUCCUGCAUGAAAGUCUGGUCGUAGGAGCUAUUGAGAAUGCCUUCAAAGAGAUGGAUGCACAGAUUGAAAGAGAGAGACACGUGUUUAACAUCACAGGAGGCUGCACUGCUCUCACCGUGGUCUACCUCCUCGGAAAACUCUAUGUGGGGAAUGCAGGAGACAGCAGAGCAAUCAUCGUGAGAAACAACGAGAUCAUUCCCAUGUCAACAGAGUUCACCCCUGAGACAGAACGGCAGCGGCUGCAGUUCCUGGGCUUCAUGCAGCCUCACCUGUUGGGAAACGAGUUCACACAUCUGGAAUUUCCCCGGAGAGUGCAGAGGAAAGAGGUGGGCAAGAGGAUGCUGUACCGCGACUUUACCAUGAACGGCUGGGCAUACAAGACCAUAGAGGAUGAAGAUCUCAAGUUCCCUCUGAUAUUUGGUGAAGGGAAAAAGGCUCGAGUGCUGGCAACAAUUGGAGUAACUCGAGGACUAGGGGACCAUGAUCUUAAAGUUCACGACUCAAAUAUCUUCAUUAAACCCUUCCUCUCAUGUAUACCUGAGGUGAGGGUGUAUAACCUGAUGCAGUAUGAGCAUGGAGCAGACGAUGUUCUGGUGAUGGGGACUGAUGGUCUCUGGGACGUCCUGACGAACCAGGAGGUGGCCGAGUCUGUCACCACAUUUCUGGCCAACUGUGACCCUGAUGAUCUGCACAGAUACACCAUGGCAGCCCAGGACCUGGUGAUGCGUGCCCGAGGGGUGCUGCGGGAUCGAGGAUGGAGGAUCACCAACGAGAGGCUGGGCUCUGGAGACGACAUCUCGGUCUUCAUUAUCCCCCUCAUGUACGGCAACCGCCAGCACUGAACCACUCUCAACCACCCUCGUGCGCCCCUAACUGCCCCCGACCACACUGACAGGUCAAAUCUGGUGUCAGAGACUUCUUGCAGUCUCCCCUCUUCCACUUAAGUUUUUUUUUUUGGCUAUUUCUCUGCAGAAGUUGAGAAGGUCAGAAAACACAUUUGGGAGACAAAACCUUCACUAUCACUAUCAUCACUAUCUUAGCUGAAGAUUUUAACUAUGGUGUAUGUUUUUGGUUGUGGGGAGUGCCUGGAAGAAACCCACCCAAACAGGGAGAGAAGUGUGAAACCCCAACACAGAAAGGCUUCGGCAGUUGAACCCAGAACCUUCUUGCUGUGAGGUGAGAGGACUAGCCUGUAGUUAGCUAGAUAUCGUGCCACCAGAUUCAGUGGCACAUUAUCGCUAAAUCAAAACUUAUCUAUACUAAAAGAAGAAUUUACAUGACACUAACUUACACUGUAAAUGCCCCAUCAGAAGUGUACUCGGGCCACUGUUUGAGAACCUUUUAGCAUUUCCUCUUUGGCCUAUGGCUUUAGUAAAACAUUUAAUGGCAGCAGUAUCAUAAACACUAUUGACUUUACCUGAACAUCUGCAGAGAAAUAAAUAAGGAUGAAGAGAAAAUGCUGUAAAAUACUGAGCCUCUUUUCCCUAAUUGUCCUUAAUGUACAGCAGCCCUGUUUAUAUACUGUUAUACCUCCUAAUGUUACAAAGAAGGAAAAGCUUUGUACCUCCAACAGUGACAAUGUGUUACUUAUCGUAUAUCUGUUCCUCUAAAGGCAAAAAAAUACUGCACUGAUCUGCAUGGCAUUUGAAAGGGCAUGGGUCAGGAACAAGCUCAUACAAUGAUUCAUUUGUAUAUGCUAGUGGCUAGUGAGUGGAGAGCUGCUCCCAGAAAGAUAUUAUUGAAUUUCCAUGUACUUAUUAUUAUUUUUUUUAUAUAUAUAUUUCAUAUUUGUCAUUCACUCAUUAUACCGUAGCUUUGUAAGAAGAGACAUUUUACAUUUUAGGAUAACCAAUAGACAGUUAAGUAUGGCAUAGUUCUGUAAGGCCAAAGUAGAGACACCAAAAGUUUACAACAUUUAAAAAGCAAGGAAACACAGGACUUUCUUGCUUUAUGUAAGUUAAAUGUUCUGUACAAAUAGAGACUUUUAAAGUAAAUUUUAAUUUCAAUUUAACUUUUACACAUUAAAAAUACACAUCAAGCUAUAUAUACAUUCGGGCCAUGUAUUACAAAGAGAUAACUGCUUAAUUUGGUAACUUGGAAGUUAAUAUUAAUAAUAAUAUUAUACAUUGGUCUUCGGUGCUAAGGCAAGGUGCAAUGGUUUUGGAUUCUGUGUAGUUACUAUCUUGGAUUUUGGUAUUACAAAGAUAGUAACUACACUGGAAAAUUGUACAUGUUAUAAAUCAGGGGUGUCCAAACUAUGGCCUGGGGACCAAACGAGGCCCUCAGACAGUUUUUUGUUGGCUCUUAAGCCUCCUGCUGAAUUAGCCUAAAUGAUUGAUGACAGUACAUUUACAUAAAGUAAUUCAGCAAAUAUAACCACAAAAACAUAUCUUAUACAAAGAUCAGAUUAAUCUUCAGUAAAGGUAUGCUGGCUCCAUCAGUGCAUCUAUCUGAAUAUCUCGGUCUGUGGUCAUCCGCUUCCAAUAUUUAGUUUUAUAAUGCAGCCCUCAUUAAAAAUAAAAUAAAAAUAAAAAUGUAUCACUCUCACCUGGGGCACAUAUUUGAAUGCAUAUUUGGGGCUGGUCCUGUUGCAGAAGUAGUUUUUAACAUUCCUGUCCAACAUCUUCAACCUGUCAGGAUAAUUGGUCCUUUGGCACCAAUUUAUUCAGUUUGACCUGAAUGAAUUGCUAACAUGCUUGAAGACACCACUCAGAUUGCCAAUGUUAGCAAGUCUAGAGGCCCAUCUUCUGCAGUUUAAUUAGCUUUGCAGUACACGGCCCAGUAGAUACACAGAUAAAACAACCAAAACAGCACCGUGGAUGUCAUAUCACUAGCUUACAUUGAUAUUUUACAUUUUAUUAGUGGAAGACCAGAUUGAUCGAGUACUGGAAAAAGUCCCACAAUUUCACAGUUGUGUUGUUAAUCAUGAACAUAUUUAUUUAUACUCUCUGUUGUUACUGAACAUAAAUUCCAUUGUCCUUGACGCACAACAGGAGGCAUGGAUAGUAGCAGGGCCGAUCUGAUGAUAGUUGUAACUUUGUGAAGGAGCAAUCAGAUGUUGUUUUAAGCUGUUUUUGCUUAUAGCUGUUUUGCAUGUAUCCUGAACCAGAAGUACUUGUGGUGAAGAGGAACAUGUUGGUUUGACGUAUAGUACUUUUGAAGUGGGUGCAUGCAUCUGUUGUGAGCCCAGUGAAUUGAGGCUUACACUAUUAUCUGUUUUUUUGUUUUGUUUUGUUUUUUAUACAAACCUAAUAGUCAUUGCUGUAGUAAUGUUAUUUCUUUGUGAAUGUGUAGGGGCAGUGCAUAUAUUUAUUUAUUUUUUUAUUUAUUAGCCUGGUCAGCCAUCCUGACUCAAAAUCUUCCUCUUGCGAAUCAAGUUCAUAUUUAGCUAUUAUUAAUUAUGCUUUGCAUGCAGAUAAACUUUCUGAUUGCCCAGUGCAUUAAAUUGGCAUUAAAUUAUUAAGUGUAGGUAUCUGUUUGACAAGUCAAGCAUGAGGUGUAACUUUUGUGGUAGUAGGCUAUGUCACCUGCUUGUGUCCAUGGAAAUGUAAUUGCUCUGCCUAGAAUGCUCCACAGUAUUGGAUGAAUAAUACCACACAUUCCAGGCAAAGCAGUAACAUCUCCAUAGAGACAAGCAGGUGGCAGACUCUCUGUCAGAAAACAUACACAGUAUCUUUAUCUAAAAAGAAAGGAUACAUAUUUUUGCCUGAAUCUGUAAUAUUUCUCUCUCUCUAUGGUCGUACGUCAUGUGUAUCUGAUUUAAAUAUGUGACUGGCUUGUCAACAACAGUUGUAAAGUCAAUGUGUUAUUCUAGUGAAGCAAAUGGAUUUGGCUGGCCAGGCUAGUGUUUUUUUAUUAUUACUAUAUUGUUAUAGUAGAAGAUUCAGUAAUGUAGCGUUUGAAAGAAAUGUGUAAGGCAAAACACUAAACUCUCCACUAGAUUUUAAGCUGUGCGGAAAUGUGCACAAUGCAUAGCGAAGUCUGUAAGUGGAUUCUGAAGUAGCACUUGUUUAUAAAGUAUAUAGAAAUGCCUAAAGGACAAGACAAUGGAUACAGCUUGUGCCAGAUUGAGAAGCCAUUAAAAAGUCAAUCACAAAUGUGCCAUUGGGUCACAUGGGCUUCAAUCGUCUCUGUUAACUUUGAGUUCAAUGACUUGACAUUCCUCAAAGCAGCAGCACUGAUAUUCUUACAUUCAAAUGGUGCAUUUUCCUCAUGUACAUUCCAUUAAUUAAUUCAGUUUCCAUUCUCAUGCUUUUCAAUGUGCUGUACUGUCAAAAAGACAAUUUUUGUUGAUUAUUAGAUUUUCUUGUCAAACAUACCUUUUUGUUAAAAUGUUGCUCUUUUUCCUUUUUGUCUUAAGGCGCAGUAAACCAGGGCAGUAAAAAGGCUGGUAUAAAAAGUGAAUGUUUUGCACUGCGGCCACUAAGAAAAAGAUCUUUCUUUGAGGACCAUUUUCACAACAGUGUCUUUGACCAAUUUGUAGUGCUGGACUGGACCUCUGUCUUGUCUGGUUUUAGAGACUCAUCGCUCAGUCUGGAGCCAUAAAAGUGGCUGCAGCUGACAUGGUACAAAGUGGGUUCGCAAAUGUGGCGAUUGAAUUAUUCUCACCUAUAAACACAUGUCUUUGUACAAUGGGAGGAAGCCAUAUGGGAUGACACAUUCAAGUGGAAAAAAGAACUAAAAUUAGGUCAAAGUUCUGCAAAGUUGACAGUAGAGAGAUUUGAGAAACCAUUAAUAGGGUAGCAAAAUAUAUAGCGAUUGUAUAAAAAUUUGAAAUUGCACUAUAAUAUAGAACCACAAAAGCAGAACAACAUACCAUUUCUUAUGGAGAAGAAAGAAAAUGCUAACAUUGUAGUUCAGACCUCUACAGAAGGUCUCUACACAGGUUUCUUCAGACCUGUCUUUUGAAAUAAACUCUAUGAACUGAAUUCUGAUUUCUGAACAAGAAUCUCGAUUCUUAUCUCAAUUACAAUAAUUGGCAGAAAAAAAGAUUAUUUUCCAUGAUCAUGCAGCCUUCAUCUUUAGCUUAACUUCUUGGGCAUGGAUCUAAAUUAACACCAGGCAGAGUGGCAGACUUCCUCCUCACACACUGAAGGCAAUGGGAACAAUCAGUGAAGUCUCCUUGUGAUUAUGUGGGCCAUUUAUGGACACUAUUUCAUCAUGCCUGUGCAGAUGAAAUAGUGAAACACUGAGUCUGCCAUGGUGCUAUCUAUGCAAUUAACUGACUAUUGUCCAGUGCUUGUCCCACUCUAUACCAUAAAAGCUCAGACUGCCUCAAGCACAUGUAGUAAAAAGUGAUACACUAAUUAAUUAAGCACUCUUGUGAAACUGGCCCCAUCUUUUGAAUGUUACUUAUAAUUCUCUCAUAAGCCUUUCUUCUCCCGUUCAUGAAUGUUGAAAUAUUAUUAUAGUAUACAGAAUAUAUUUUUUCUCAUCCUCUUGUGCCACAUGACUGCUGCUCAUAUAGACUCAGGUUCAGCUCUCAUUUCGUAUCUCUUGGAAGGACAAGAAGAAGGUACCAGGUCUAUACUAUGUAAAUACAAGUAACUGUUUACCUAGUCCUCCCGACUUAUCCAUUUUUAAACUGACUGUAAUGUAUUGUUUUCUAUUGUAACAUAUGGGACUGCUAAGAAGCUUGUCUUGCCCUCUCCUUGGUUUGUGAAUGUGAACUGUACUUUUUGUAAGGCCAGAGGUCCGAACUGAUAUUUUUAAUGUUUCAGUGUGCAAAGACAUGUUUACCCUUAGCUUUUUUUUUCAAACAUGAAGAAAUAAAUAUUGG